UCACAUCAAGUCAACACUAACAGGCUGAACAUUGUGAUUUUAUUUUUCUGGGGUUAUAAGUCAAACAAGUAAUGUAUUUGGAGAGUAACCUUUGCCCUCUGACCCUCUGCCAGGUAAUAACCAGAACCUGAAACUAUGGCAAACUCUUUCACCCGCAUGAUUUCUGGCCGUAAUACGGCAGUGAUGAUGGCCAUGGGAGCUGGCACCCUGGCCUCUGGCUACCUCCUCACUGACAGCACCGCUGCUGCUGAGAGGAAGAGACUCUACCCCCCCAGUGCAGAUUUCCCUGACCUGAGGAAGCACAACAACUGCAUGGCAUCAGCCCUGACCCCAACCAUUUAUGCACGCUUGAGGGACAAGGUAACACCCAAUGACUGGACUCUGGACCAGUGCAUCCAAACUGGGGUAGACAACCCUGGACACCCCUUCAUCAAAACUGUGGGAAUGGUUGCUGGAGAUGAGGAGAGUUACGAGGUGUUUUCUGAGCUCUUUGACCCUGUUAUCAAGGACAGACACAACGGCUAUGAUCCUCGCACAAUGAAGCAUCCCACUGACCUGGAUGCUUCCAAGAUUACCUCAGGAAUGUUCGAUGAGCGUUAUGUACUGUCAUCUCGUGUGCGUACCGGCCGCAGCAUCCGUGGGCUGAGUCUUCCUCCUGCAUGCUCACGCUCUGAGCGCCGUGAAGUAGAGCGUGUGGUUGUGACAGCUUUGUCCGGCCUGAAGGGAGACCUCUCUGGACGAUAUUACAGCCUAGGGGAGAUGAGUGAGAGGGAGCAGCAGCAGCUUAUUGAUGAGCACUUCCUGUUUGAUAAACCUGUGUCACCUCUGCUUACUGCAGCUGGGAUGGCCAGAGAUUGGCCUGAUGCUCGUGGGAUCUGGCACAACAAUGAGAAGAAUUUCUUGAUCUGGAUCAAUGAGGAAGACCACACUAGGGUCAUAUCCAUGGAGAAAGGAGGAAACAUGAAGAGAGUGUUUGAAAGGUUCUGCAGAGGUCUUAAACAGGUGGAGCAUUUAAUCCAUGAGAGAGGAUGGGAGUUCAUGUGGAAUGAGCGUCUCGGCUACAUUCUCACCUGUCCCUCUAACCUUGGCACCGGGCUCAGGGCUGGGGUACACAUUCGCCUGCCCCUCCUUGCUAAGGACCCCCGCUUCAAGAAGGUCCUGGAAAACUUGAGACUACAGAAGAGAGGCACAGGAGGAGUUGACACGGCUGCUACUGGUGACACUUUUGACAUCUCUAAUCUUGACCGCCUGGGCAGGUCAGAGGUUGAACUGGUACAGUUAGUGGUUGAUGGUGUCAACUACCUAAUCGAAUGUGAGAAGAGGCUGGAGAGAGGGCAGGACAUCAAGAUCCCUGCGCCAAUUUCUCAGUUCAGGAAAUGACAGUCGACUGAGAAUGUUGAAGUAGGGCAGAUGCUCCAGUGGCUGGUCAUUUAACGCUUGGUCCUGCAAGAUAUUUAUGGCAUGUAUAGAAUUAUGCUGUUGUACAUGUACAAUAAAGUUAUUACAAA